GUUUAUGUGGGUCCGUGUAGGCCAGUCGUAUUCUUGUUCUGUGGUGAUUAGGCCCUAUAUUAUAGUAUUGGCUAGCCAAAUGUGGUGUAGAGAAUGGAUUGAGAAAACUGGUCUCGUGAUUUAACAUCUCCACAUGAAAAUGGAACAAUAACUGAACCACAAAUUGUCCACAACGAAGUAUCAUUGCUCAGCCUGGUUUACCAGCAGACGCUCUACAUUCCAAUCUCCGCAUAAUCUCUGAUCAAACAUGGUGCUGUGGGAAUCUCGUCGACAGUUUAACAAAGUCUCUCUAAUAUUCUUAUUAACGUUGCUCUUGUUGAUGGACUCAAUACGAGUCCAUGGAGACGAGGAUUAUUAUAAGUUACUCGGCGUCGCCAAGGAUGCUGAUAACCGAGAUAUAAGACGAGCGUUUAAAAAGUUAGCGGUCACUCAUCAUCCGGACAAAAAUACGGAUGAUCCACAAGCUCACGACAAGUUUCUGAAGAUCAACCGAGCUUAUGAAGUGUUGAAGGAUGCAGAUCUUCGUAAAAAGUAUGACACAUACGGCGAGGCCGGCUUGAAGGAUGAUCACCCCAGUAAUCAGUAUCAAAGUUGGAACUUUUAUCAGGAGGAGUUUGGUUUAUAUGAUGAAGAUAAAGAAAUCAUCACUCUUAGCAGAAUAGAUUUUGAACAAUCUGUGAAGGCUUCUGAUGACAUCUGGUUCGUCAAUUUUUACUCGCCCCACUGUAGUCAUUGUCACGAUCUGGCACCAUCUUGGCGUGAAGUUGCUCGAGAACUUGAGGGUGUGGUGCGUAUCGGUGCGGUGAACUGUGGCGAUGAUUGGCAACUGUGUCGACAGCAGGGAAUCAAUGGAUAUCCAUCCCUACUUAUGUACCCCUCGGCUGAGAAAUACCACGGACAACGCAACACAGAGAACCUUGUCGAGUAUGCGCUGAAGUUUCUCAAGGCAUCAUUUGCUGAUUUGACAUUGUCCAACUUUGAUCUUGAGCUGAAGAGUGCUAAUAGAGUGAACAAUCCGUGGCUGAUUACAUUCUGUGGUGAAGGAGGUGAUUGCUUGGAAAGCAAAACAUGCCUGAAACUGGCUGCUAUGUUGAAUGAGCUGAUCAAUGUUGGUAUGGUCGACUGCCACAAGCAAGAAGCGUUGUGUUCAAAACUUGGCUAUGAAUAUGGAACAUACUUCUUCCCAGCCGGAGAGGUGUCAAAGAAACAUGGUCAAGUGAUGACGACACUUGAUGCGAAGGAGUUGGCCUUCAUCGUCCUUGAGAAGCUACCUGAUAUGCCUGUGUUGGAUGCUGAUGCAUUCAGUAAAGCUCGCACAGCCCUGAAGGCAAACCUGGGUAAGCCAUGGUUGAUCCACUUCACGGAUGGAGAUACACAUGACUUAGAACUACGUAAACUGCCUGCAAUGCUGGACAACCACCAACUUAAUGUUGGUAGGGUGGACUGCAGGAUACAGAUAAAGGAUUGUCAGUAUCUCCACAUUCAUAAGUUACCAACGUUUACCAUGUUCAAGAAGGGUGGAGGUCAUGAAAUACACCAUGGUCGUCAGACUGCCCAUGAUAUUGUUGUGUUUGCCAGGGACAGUGCAACCACUCCAGUUGUCAUCCUUGGCCCUGGCGACUUCCCUGAUCGCGUUGUGAAGAGUAAGGAUAACUGGUUUGUCGAUUUCUAUGCUCCAUGGUGUCCUCCAUGUAUGCAGCUCUUGCCGGAGUUUAGGAAGGCAUCAAAGGAACCAGAAAUAAACACCAAGUUUGGAACAGUUGAUUGUACGAUUCACGGUACUCUAUGUCAAAAUUACAACAUCCGCUCGUAUCCAACAACAGUAUUCUAUAAUGGAUCCAUCCCACAUACAUUCAGGGGUCGCCAUAACUCGAGGAGUAUUGUAGAGUUUAUUAGGGAUACAUUGAAUCCACCAGUGAUCAUCCUGACGCCCAAAAAUUUCCAGUCCCUCGUUGAGAAUAAAGAUGCUGGCACAAUGUGGGCGAUUGACUUCUUUAUGCCGUGGUGUGGUCCAUGUCAGCAGUUAGCACCUGAAUGGACACGACUGGCAAAGAUGUUUGUUGGUAGUAAGCAGGUCAAAGUUGGCCAUGUCAACUGCCAGGAUCACAAGCCACUGUGCGUGAGUAAUGGUGUCCAGUCUUAUCCAGCCAUCCGCUUAUAUCCAAACGGACCUUUUGGCACGUAUUACACAUACAACGGCUUCUUCAGAAAUGCCCCAAACCUCAGGGCAUGGAUCUACGAAUACCUUCCAAGUCGAGUGAGAGUAAUAGAUGCCAGCAACUUUGAUAAAAUUGUAUUAUCAAGUAAAGAACCCUGGGUGGUUGACUUCUUUGCCCCUUGGUGCGGGCAUUGUCAACAUUUUGCACCAAACUUUGAAAGAGUUGCUCAUGAGGUAGCAGGUCGAGCCCGCUGUGGGAAGGUAAACUGUGAUGAGAGGAAGAACCAGAACUUGUGUGGGCGAGCUGGAAUCCAAGGUUACCCAUCAGUCUUUUUCUAUAGCGGGGCUAGCAAUGGCAGGAAGCAGAGUCCGGUCGGACAGGAUUUACAGGCGGAUGGAGACUACAUCAUACAGUUUAUUAACCAUCACUUUCCUCGGGGAGAUGGACACACACAGGAAGAAAGUGAAAGUGAAGGUGAUGGUGAUGACUUCAUGGACAUGUUUUUUCAUGAUGAACUUUGACCUUUCCACUUCCUCGUUAGUUUCGUGAAAUUAUGCAGUAAAGGAAAGAAGGCAAUUUUUUAUGGAUGAAACCAUGGUUCUGUGACUUGAAUGAAUUAAGAAGGAUCACUUGUGAGUUUGGGGAGAGAAAUGUCAGGGGAAGUCAUAUUUAGAAAGAACCUCUUGGUUUCUUACAAUUGUUAAGGUUUUAUCUGCCUGUAUGCAUGUACUGAAUGAAGAAAGGUUUCGUAACUGGUAACCUCGAGUUUUGUUUUGUGAGAAGAUGAACUUCAACACCCUAGUCUUGCCAUAUGCCAGCCUCUUCUUCUGUAAAUGAGCACAAAUCUCAUUUCUAUUUCUGAUUUUUCUCACAAGAAAUUUGCCUUUUCCUUACCAACCAAGAAGCCCAUGACGGUCGCGCACAGAAUCAUUACCAGUCCUCGGCACAUGCCGAACUCCUGCUCCGUCUCGGCAUACCAAGCCGUUUUUGUAUUUCGUCACAUUCAAAGACCCCCCCAUCCAUAGUGCAGGAAAUGUAAAUCAUCUACACAAAAGACUGCGUAGUGGACCAAAUCAUACUCCUUGCGCAGUGCUGGUAGUGUGAUGAGGCGGUAACUUAUUGUAAUAUGCUUGAAUAUUAUGUUUGCUUAGGGACUUUUUGGGGACUGGAGGUUGUAAGCUUGUUCCCAGAUGUCUGUAUUAAUGUCUGUCAUAAGAUGGUCAAUGUUAUUUUCAAUAUGCGAUCCCAGGUCAUGUGAUGUAUAUUAUAAACGCACGUGGCCCACAUUUCAAUACCAUAUAUGGAUAUGGAUUAUCCCCUGGGAAUUUCAUGCGGGAAUUAAACAGGUUGGCAUGCAUACCCCUCUUUAGACCAACACUUCGUCCCAAAAUGGGACGAAGUGCUAGGUGCCUAUUGCGAAAAUGAUAAGUUGAUGAAACAAUGGCCUGAUUAGUUGGCUAGCCUUGUGAUGUCAAACUAUUUUUACACCGAGGGGUUUUCCCAUUUUUCAUCGUUUGGGCUGGAAUUCCUGGCUUUUUUCGAGGUAGCACAUAGACUCUAUGUACAGCGUGGUGGAUUGAGGCUAUAUGAUGGGCUAACCCCUCUUCAGAAGUUGGCCCGGAUAUGACGACGGUACGGUUUGAGAUAAUGGCAGACUGCUAAAAUGUGGACUCAGGAAUGAUUGACAACUGGCAAAGUGAGGAUGCCGAUUAUGCAUGAUUUGAUUUGAGCGCAACACAGUUGUUGCGUGAUGCUAUUAUACAGUUAUCAAUAUUUGCUUCUGUCUUCGGUUGAAGUGUGAGACACCCGGUCGUUCUGGAAUUAGUGUUGUUGUGGUCGUUGUAACAGCGUGGUUGCUCAGCAAGAAUAAAUUGGAAGUCUUCCUCCGAUAUAAGUCUCUGUUCUAUUGCUACUGGCCCUGCCCAACGAAACAACAGUGUUUUCUUUGAAGGAGAUAUGCCUUACAGGUCAUAUACGGUACGUGCGAGACUAUACUCAAACCGUACCAGUGUCAGGUACGGGCCAACUUCUAAAGUGGGGUAUUGAUUAAACCAUUAGAACUUUUUACUCACAUGUUUUCACUGGAUAUGACAGUGUUAAAUCUGAAAGUUUUUGUUUUUUCAUAAUAUUUGAUCCAUGUACAUGCAUCUAGCAAUAAAUACAUUCUUGAUGGAA